AUGUGGUUGGUCAACUGGUUCUACGAUGUCCUCUCCUCCUUGGGCCUGCUCAACAAGCACGCCAAGCUUCUUUUCCUAGGACUUGACAAUGCUGGAAAGACUACCCUGCUACACAUGCUGAAGAAUGACCGGAUCGCCAUUCUGCAACCUACCCUCCAUCCGACAUCGGAGGAGCUGGCAAUCGGCAAUGUAAGAUUUACGACGUUCGAUCUCGGCGGCCAUCAGCAAGCCCGCCGUCUCUGGAAGGACUACUUCCCCGAGGUGAAUGGCAUCGUCUUCCUCGUCGAUGCCAAGGACCAUGAGCGGUUCCCCGAGGCCAAGGCCGAGCUCGACGCCCUCCUCUCCAUGGAGGAGCUGGGCAAGGUCCCAUUUGUCAUCCUCGGUAACAAGAUCGACCACCCGGAUGCGGUAUCCGAGGACGAGCUCCGCCACCAACUGGGCAUGUUCCAGACCACGGGUAAGGGCAAGGUGCCUCUCGAGGGGAUCCGGCCGAUCGAGGUGUUUAUGUGCUCGGUCGUCAUGAGGCAGGGUUAUGGCGAGGGUAUCAGGUGGUUAUCCCAGUAUGUCUUCCCGCCCGAAGCCUUCGACUACACCAUCCUCCCGGACAUCAACACCAACUUCCUAUCCACCGAGCACCUAGAGGCCUUCAUCCAGGCCCUCGGCGCCCCGGACGCGAUCCAGAGCCCCGACGACGCCUCCUCGUCGCUCCAGCCCGACAGCCCUACGGGCCUGCGGAGCGACAACCUGCCCAGCGUCACAAAGCGCCCCUCGCAGGAGUCGGUCGGGGGCACCUCGCGGGGGGACGGCGGAUAUGACCACUCCGGCGCGGUGGCGGCCGCGCAGGCGGCGGCGGACCACUCCGCCGCAGACCAGCCGCUCGCCUCCCCGCGCCCGGCCGGCGGCCACCGGUCGGGCAGUGCUGGGAGCCUGUUCAUCACGGCGGCGAACGACUGGGCGCCGGUGCACGAGAAGGUGACGAGGACGGGGCGGCGGCACCGGGACCGCGAUCGAGGGCGGCGGCGGCGCAGGGCUGGCGACGCGGCUGCGGCGGUGCUGGGCCGCCGGUCCAAGGACGAGACGAGGGAGGGGUAUCUGUACGGGGUGCUCAAGUGGCCGUUCCUGCUGAUCGUCGGGGCGUGGAUCGUCGGGCUGGCGGUCGCGUACCUGGCCACGAGGACGUACAUAUGGGGGUACGAGUACUUUGUGGCGUGGCGCGGGACCAGGGAGAGGCUGCGGAGGGCGAUGCGGGCGACGUCCAACUACCGCGAGUGGGUCGCCGCGGCGAGGCAGCUGGACGGGUUCCUGGGGAACGAGCGGUGGAAGGAGGAGAACGAGUACGCGUACUACGACAGCAAGACGGUCAAGAGGGUGGGGGGCGAGAUCAGGAAGUGCAGGAUCAGGGCCGAGGCCGUCGAGGCCCGGGCCGCGAACGGAGAUGUGGCUAGGAGCUUGAGAGGCGCCACCCCUGGGAAGGAUGCGGAGGCGGUGGAGGACCUCAAGGCGCUCAUCGAGGCGUGCGUCAAGAACAACUUCGCCGGCGUGGAGAACCCGAGGCUGUACAGCCAGACGUACUACGGCACCAAAAAUCUCGUGCAAAAUUUUGUUGAUGAAGUGGGCAAAAGCAUCAAUUUUUUGCUCGAGACACAUCAGCUCUCGUUAGAGCAGAAGAGGACUCUGUUCAAGGGCAUACACGCCAACUACGGCCGCACUGCUCUGUGCCUGUCUGGAGGGGCGUCGUUUGCUUACUAUCACUUCGGAGUCGUCAAGGCGCUUCUGGAUGAAGACCUCAUGCCCGAUGUCAUCACCGGCACGAGCGGGGGAGCUCUCGUGGCAGCGUUGAUCGCGACGAGGACCAACGAAGAGUUGAAGAAGCUUCUGGUUCCCGCCUUGGCGCGUCGGAUCACUGCCUGCGAGGAGUCCAUCGCAGUCUGGUUCAGGCGAUGGUGGAAGACGGGCGCCAGGUUCGACUCGAUAGACUGGGCCAAGAAGUGUAGUUGGUUCACCCGUGGCUCCAUGACUUUCCGGGAGGCGUACGAGCGGACGGGGCGGAUUCUCAACGUAUCCUGCGUCCCUUCAGAUCAGCAUUCGCCGACGAUCCUCUGCAACUACCUGACGAGUCCCGACUGCGUCAUCUGGUCAGCGGUGCUUGCCUCGGCGGCCGUGCCCGGGAUCCUCAACCCCGUCGUCCUCAUGAUGAAGACACGCAACGGGCAGCUCGUGCCUUACUCGUUCGGGCACAAGUGGAAAGACGGCAGCCUCCGGACGGACAUCCCCAUCAAGGCCCUUAACCUGCACUUCAACGUAAACUUCACCGUCGUCAGCCAGGUCAACCCCCACAUAAACCUCUUCUUCUUCUCCUCCCGGGGCUCCGUCGGCUCGCCCGUCACGCACCGGAAAGGCCGCGGCUGGCGCGGCGGCUACCUGGGCUCCGCGACGGAGCAGUACCUCAAGCUCGACCUGAACAAGUGGCUGCGGGUGCUCCGCCACCUGGAGCUGCUGCCGCGGCCCCUGGGGCAGGACUGGUCCCAGCUCUGGCUGCAGGAGUUUGGCGGCACCAUUACCAUCUGGCCCAAGACGGCUCCAGGCGACUUCCUCCACAUACUGAGCGACCCGGACCCGGCGCGGCUAGCUCGGAUGCUCCACGAGGGCCAGCAGAGCGCCUUCCCGAAGCUCAAGUUUGUGGCGAACCGGCUGAGGGUCGAGAGGCUCAUCGAGCGCGGCCGCAGGGAGACGAGGCCGUUUGUGAGGAGGGGCAGCAUCGAGACCAUCAUCAGCGAGGACGACCUGAGGAGCCUGCUCCGGGGACAGGGCGUCGGGGUGAGCGCGACGGAGACGGAGGACGAGACGACGGAUGUGGAUGGGGAUGGGGAGGAGGGGAGCAGGGUUGUCGACGGCAGCGAGGAGGCGGUCUCGGACGGUGAUGAAUAUUAUGUGGCUGAGGUGGACGGGUUGAAGGAGGAUUAG